UGGGUUUAACACCCCAGCCCUUAGGCUUCCCGCCCCACUUAAAGUGGGGAAAUUACCGGAAACCCUCAGGAUUAAUAUCGGUAAAUGAUUUUCCGAUACGUAUCGGUUUAUCAUUUACCGAUUCGUAUUGAUAUAACAGCAUCAGAUAGGUUUUGAAACAUAAUUUUCAAAACCCAUUUCCCUCCCCAAAUCACUCCCUCUUCAAAUCUCUCCCAAACUUGCGUUCGGUCCCAUCAUCAUCAAAGCUUCCUCAAAGCUCCGGAACUCCCAUUCCAUUACAUUCAAAAGGAGAAUGAAGGGCGGGAGGAAGAGGUCUCGAUCUUCUACAGUCGAUGAUGCAGAGGAUCGCCACGAGCGCUUGCAUGCUUCUACGCGGCGCGGCGACCAUCGAGCAGCUAGUCAGGCGGUUGAGGCUUCGGCCCCGUCUCCGUCUCCGUCUGCUACUCCGGCCGGGGCUCCGUCUCCGUGUCCGUCUGCUACACCUCCGUCAGGUGGUCCAUCUACUACAGCUCCGUCAGGUACUCCGGCUGAGCCUCAGCCUCAUCCUACUCCGGUCUCUCCGAUGGUUGAGUUACCUCUUGAGGAGACAUCUGGCGAGCAGUCUUCUUCGGAGCCCAGUGGCGAGGAGUCUGCUUCUGAGACUGCUUCUGAGGCCAGUGGUGAGGAGGAGGAGCCUCUUAUUCUCCAGGAGGAGAUUGAUGCUGCUGAUGUUGUGCCAGAUGUGGUGGCAGAGGGCGGCGCGGAUGACGACCUCAUCCAGAGGGUGGCACCGUUUCCCGGGGGGCCUGAGGAUCUGUCGCUUCUUGCGCAUUAUCCUGACCACAAGGCUCCUUGGACGUGGCAGGCACUUCUUCGCACAGACCCGCGGUACAUCUUUCGUACGUCGUCCUUUUAGCCUAAAAGGACAACCUGUCUUUUGUGUUGACGUUCCUUCAACAAGAUCCGGUUCUCUGUAGGGAAUAUACGCACCAUGCUUCUCACACCCCAGAAUGACAUAUUC